AUGGAAUCACCGCCAUAUUUUGCUAGUUUAGAGCCCACUUGCCGUCGGUCAGUUAUGUCUCAACCUCACAUCCUUUGCCAGCGAUAUGAUCCACCACUUUCUAGCUACCCUCUUGACAACACCAUGGAACAUGUUCAUGGCUUACCCGGUGCAACUAGCAAAGUCGUAUGGGGCGGAAAAGAUCUUGAAGGAGUUAAAGAAGAGUUCGAUGAGGACAAAGAUAUCAGACCAUUUGUGAUGAUUGAUGAAGAGACAAUACAACACUUUAGUCAUGAUCAUCAUCUAAGGCUUCAAGGGAAUUCAAAUUCUUGCGACCAUGAAAACAAGUUUUGUCAAGCAUGCUGUCUUGAAUUAAUAGCUUCGGAGAGUUUCUAUGGUUGUAUGCAGUGUGAUUUCGUUCUCCACGAAGCAUGUGCAAGCCUUCCUCGCAGAAAACAUCAUCCACUACACAAACAUCAACUCACUCUCCACCCUUUCCCUCUUAAGCCCGAGUUUGAGGCUUAUGUCAAAGGCAUGUUUGCAUGCGACGGUUGUGACCAAUUAAAUUGUGGUUUUCUGUACAAAUGCGGCGAAAAAGGAUGUGGAUUUCAACUAGAUGUCAGGUGCGCUUCUCUUUCAAAUCCUUUCACCCAUGCAAAUUACCAUGAACUUGAUCACCCUCUCUUCUUCAGUAAGACCAGAGGUAUAUGCAUGGGCUGUAAAUCUAGCAAGUGUUCACGUUAUCUCCUAGAAUGUAGGACAUGUAACUUCGUUGUAGGACUUAAAUGCGCUACUCUGCCUUGUGUGGCACGAUACAAACACGAUCGGCAUCCUCUCGCUCUAUGUUACGGCAAAGAAGGACAAUCUUCAUGUUCGAUGUUUGUUGGGAAACGAUAUCUAUAUGAAGCCACACCAUAUCAUUAA